UGUGACCGAAGCAGGCUCUGCCGGGUUCAUCUCGCCGCUUCUCCACCCGGCUGGUCUUUCUUCACCUCACCACAAUGGCGGAGCAGCAGCAGUUCUACCUCCUGCUGGAGACCCUCAUGAGCUCUGACAACAGCGUCAGAAAGCAGUCCGAGGAGACCUAUGACACUAUCCCAGGCCAGAACAAGAUCACAUUCCUGCUGCAGGCCGUCAGAGAUGCGUCUGCUGCAGUGGAGGUCAGACAGAUGGCCGCAGUCCUAUUGCGGAGGCUGCUGUCAUCAUCGUUUGAGGAAAUCUAUCCGGGAUUGACCCUGGAGAUGCAGACGGCCGUCAAAACAGAGCUGCUGACCAGCAUCCAGGAGGAGUCCUUGCCAAAUAUCCGAAAGAAAGUCUGUGACAUUGCAGCUGAGCUCUCCCGCAACCUCAUUGAUGACGACGGAAAUAACCAGUGGCCGGAGGUGCUCAAGUUUCUGUUUGACUCUGUUAACUCGGACAAUGUUGGCCUGCGAGAAGCCGCUCUGCACAUAUUCUGGAACUUCCCAGGAAUCUUUGGAAACCAGCAGCAGCAUUAUCUGGAGGUGAUCAAGCGUAUGCUUGUCCAGUGCAUGCAGGACCAGGCAAACCCACAGAUUCGUACCCUGGCAGCUCGGGCUGCAGCGUCCUUUGUUCUGUCCAAUGAAGGCAACACGGCUCUGCUGAAGCACUUUUCUGAUCUGCUACCAGGAAUCCUGCAGGCGGUGAACGAGUCGUGCUAUCAGGCAGAUGAUUCAGUACUCAAAUCGUUGGUGGAAAUUGCGGACACGGCACCCAAGUACCUGAGACCCAACCUGGAGGCCACGCUGCAGCUCUGCCUGAAGUUGUGCGCCGACACUAAUCUGACAAACAUGCAGAGGCAGUUGGCGUUGGAAGUCGUCGUAACGUUAUCGGAGACCGCAGCCGCCAUGCUAAGAAAACACACGGCUCUUGUAGCUCAGAGCGUGCCCCAGAUGCUGGCGAUGAUGGUGGACCUCGAGGAUGACGACGAGUGGGCCAUGGCCGAUGAGCUAGAGGACGAUGACUUUGACAGCAACGCUGUGGCUGGAGAGAGUGCUCUUGAUAGAAUUGCCUGUGGUCUUGGUGGAAAGAUAAUUUUGCCCAUGAUCAAACAGCACAUCAUGCAGAUGCUGCAGAACUCCGACUGGAAGUACCGCCAUGCUGGACUGAUGGCGCUGUCUGCGAUCGGCGAGGGCUGCCAUCAGCAGAUGGAGGCCAUCCUCCAAGAGAUCGUCAGCUUUGUCCUCCUGUUCUGCGCCGACCCUCACCCGAGGGUCCGCUAUGCUGCCUGCAACGCAAUUGGACAGAUGGCCACAGACUUUGCACCAACUUUUCAAAAGAAAUUCCAUGAUAAGGUUAUCUCAGCUUUGCUUCAGACUAUGAAGGAUCAGGACAACCCCAGGGUGCAGGCCCAUGCUGCUGCGGCCCUUAUCAAUUUCACUGAGGACUGUCCCAAGUCCCUGCUCGUCCCUUAUCUGGACAGCCUGGUGCAACACCUUCAUGUCAUCAUGGUUGCCAAACUGCAGGAGCUGAUCCAGAAGGGCACCAAGCUGGUCCUGGAGCAGGUGGUGACGUCCAUUGCAUCUGUUGCUGACACUGCCGAGGAGAAGUUUGUGCCAUAUUAUGACCUGUUCAUGCCCUCGCUCAAACACAUAGUUGAAAACGCAGUGCAAAAGGAGCUCCGGCUUCUCCGUGGCAAGACCAUCGAGUGUAUCAGCCUCAUCGGCCUGGCCGUCGGCAAGGAGAAGUUCAUGCCAGACGCCUCUGCCGUCAUGCAGCUGCUCCUCAAGACCCAGACAGACUUCAAUGACCUGGAAGAUGACGACCCUCAGAUCUCGUACAUGAUAUCAGCCUGGGCCAGGAUGUGCAAGAUCCUUGGGAAGGAGUUUCAGCAAUACCUGCCGGUAGUUAUGGGCCCCCUGAUGAAGACGGCCUCCAUCAAGCCUGAAGUGGCCCUGCUCGACACCCAGGACAUGGAGAACAUAUCGGAGGAUGAUGGAUGGGAGUUUGUCAACUUGGGAGACCAGCAGAGCUUUGGCAUCAAGACUGCUGGCCUGGAGGAGAAGGCCACCGCCUGUCAGAUGCUGGUGUGCUAUGCCAAAGAGCUAAAGGAGGGCUUUGUAGAUUACACCGAGCAGGUGGUGAAGCUGAUGGUUCCUCUGCUGAAGUUCUACUUUCACGACGGCGUGCGAGUGGCGGCUGCAGAAUCGAUGCCCCUGCUUCUGGAGUGUGCUCGGGUCCGAGGCCCGGAGUACCUCACCCAGAUGUGGCUGUUCAUGUGCGACGCCCUUAUCAAGGCCAUCGGCACCGAGCCAGACUCGGACGUCCUCUCAGAAAUCAUGCAUUCUUUUGCCAAGUGCAUCGAGCUGAUGGGAGAUGGCUGUCUGAACAACGAACAUUUUGAGGAGCUGGGAGGGAUCCUAAAAGGAAAGUUGGAAGAGCAUUUUAAGAACCAGGAGCUCAGACAAGCCAAAAGGCAGGAUGAAGAUUACGAUGAGCAGGUCGAAGAAUCGCUACAGGAUGAGGAUGAGAACGAUGUGUACAUCCUGACAAAAGUGUCAGACAUCCUGCACUCGGUGUUCAGCAGUUACAAAGAGAAGGUGCUUCCUUGGUUUGAGCAGCUGCUGCAGCUCAUCGUUCAGCUCAUCUGUCCCAACAGGCCCUGGGCCGACCGGCAGUGGGGGUUGUGUAUUUUUGACGACGUGGUGGAGCACUGCAGCCCCUCUUCCUUCAAAUAUGCAGAGUAUUUUCUGCGACCAAUGUUGCAGUCACUGUGUGACUCGAGCCCGGAGGUCCGCCAGGCGGCCGCUUACGGUGUCGGUGUCAUGGGUCAGUAUGGUGGAGAGAACUAUCGGCCAUUUUGCACAGAGGCCCUCCCCCUGCUGGUCGGUGUCGUCCAGGCUAAUGAUUCACGCUCAAAAGAGAAUGUCAACGCCACAGAGAACUGCAUCUCUGCCGUUGGAAAGCUGAUGAGGUUUCGGCCCGAGUGCGUCAACGUUAAUGAGGUCCUCCCUCACUGGCUCGGCUGGCUGCCGCUCAAAGAGGACAAAGAAGAAGCCGUCCACACGUUUGACUUCUUGUGUGACCUCAUUGAGAGCAACAACCCCAUCGUUCUCGGACCAGACAAUUCCAACCUUCCUAAAGUUUUCUUCAUCAUAGCCGACGGGGUUGCAAACGAAUCUAUCAAGAGUGAAGACGCAUGCAGCAAACGGCUUGCAAAUGUCAUCCGUCAAGUACAGGUGUCUGCAGGAUUAUGGACGCAGUGUGUAUCAACGCUGAACGAGACGCAGCAGAAAGCCAUACAGGACCUACUGAACACUGCCUGAACCUGAACCCCCCGCCCCAUCGCCUUCCCGCUCUCUAAAAAUCCCAUGAAGAAAAGUCAAGCUCCUGGACCUCCUCCAAACACUCCUUCCUCCUGCUCUGUAGUGUGUAUGGACGCCAGCUUGACUCCAUCACCACCCCCGCCCCACUAUUAUAGAAGUCCACCUACAUCAGCUGAUUUUUGGGAGAGCAGGAUGGAUAUUAAUGAACAUGGAGGACAUUGGCCAUCCAACUUCAAGACUCACCAUGUAUCAAGGAAAUGGGAAUAAGAGCGAGUCUAACAGUCAUCCCUGUUUGAUCAGUGUUACAUGUCUACUAUCUGGACGUUUUUUGUUUCCAACCGUUCCCCAAUGUUGGACUUGUCUUGCCGUGCCCAGAUGGAUUCAUUCAAAGUCGCCCAGCUCAUUGGACGUCAGGCUCAGGGUGGCCGUAAUGAGGGACAGGACUUUCUGGUGGACUGAGCUGCUAAAAGAUGUGAACGUGCACACUGGGCAACCACUGCCUGUUUCUGUGAAUUUCUUUCUUUUUUUUUUUUUUUUAAUUGUUCCAUGUUCCCGGUAUUACCCGGGAGAAACGGCCUCUGCCUGCCACAGCCCAGAGGACGCGUUUCAGAAGUAACAGCAUGUUUGUUGUGGCUAACUUUAGAAAAACAUUCAGUUAGGACAUGGCAUCAUUGUCUGGGAGAGUUUGACAUUGAUCUAAACAGCUUUUACUCCAUAGCCUUCCAGACAGCUGAUCACAGGAAAUGACAUGUUACUGAACGGUUCACGGCCCCUUUUCUAGGUAGCAGCUUCAGGAAAAGGGGUUCUCUGAAAAGAAGCGCAAUAAUCUGUAGUUUGUUACAGCCUCAACGCGUACAAGUUGGAACAUGAAAUGUAGAAAAUCUGUACAAGGAGUGCUACCUUACAACUCCACAGUUUUGACUCUUUGCAGUUCUGCAGGUAUGAAACAAAAUUCCAGAAACUAACAAUAAAAUUACAUUUGCGAAUUCUGAUAAA